GAACUCUUAAUUCACAUACAAGCUCCAAGUGAUUGUAAGAUCUAAGACCCACAGUUUAAUUUCAGUUCUUCAAUACUCUUCCUGUAUUUCGAAAAGCAACGCUGGAAAAUUUCACAAGGACUUUCACAAGAAAAUAUGUCUGCAUGCGUCUCUCAGUUAGGGAGUUCACCGUUUGCACUGUUUUAAAAAUCCAGAGUUUAUUACAAAAAUGCUUUUGGAUGCUAAACCUUAAAAGAAAGGAUUCAAGGUUAAAGUUUAUAUUCAUGGCUUAUGAACAGAUUAGCCCUAUGAAUAUGUCUCAUGAGGAUUCCAAUCUGUCACCAGAGGAGAUAAUCAACAAGACAUGUGACUUGUACUCUCAUCGAAGCACAGCAAGGAUACUAUUGCCAAUAUAUUACAGUUUAGUUUUGAUAAUUGGACUGAUUGGUAACAUACUGGCUUUAGCUGUAAUCCACCAAAACAGAAGAAAAAUGAACUCAACUACCCUCUAUUCAAUAAAUCUUGUCAUUUCCGAUGUCCUUUUUGCGACAACUUUACCAACAAGAAUAGCAUACUAUGCUAUGGGCUUUCACUGGCCUUUAGGUGAGCCGCUAUGUCGAAUUACUUCCCUUUUUUUUUAUAUUAAUACGUACGCGGGUGUAAACUUUAUGACAUGCUUGAGCAUUGAUCGUUUUUUUGCUGUGGUCCACCCAUAUCGUUACAACAAGAUGAGAAGAGUGAAGUUUGCAAAGUUUGUCUGCAUUGUAGUUUGGUUGAUUGUUUUCUCACAAACACUUCCACUACUCUUACAGAAAAUGUCAAACAAAGAACCGGACGGAAAAAUUACAUGUAUGGAAUAUCCAAAUUUUGAGAGAAUACCAAAUUUACCAUAUAUGCUUCUUGGAGCAUGUCUUAUUGGAUACAUAAUUCCUUUAGGGAUAAUACUGAUUUGCUAUAUGAAAAUAAGCAUUAAACUUUGCCAAACUGCAAAGAAAAAUCCACUCUCUGAAAAGACUGGUACAAACAAAAAAGCUAUCAACACAAUUAUCUUAGUUAUUGUAAUGUUUUGCAUUUGCUUUACACCUUAUCAUAUUUCAAUUAUACAACAUAUGAUUAAAAAGCUUAGCUACACACCAGACUGUAGUGAGCAGCAGCUAUUUCAAAUCUCCCUACAUUUUACUGUCUGUCUAAUGAACCUUAACUGCUGCCUAGACCCAUUUAUUUACUUUUUUGCAUGCAAAGGCUACAAGAGGAAAGUCAUGCGAAUCCUAAAACGUCAACACAGUAUAUCAUCUUCAAGUGCCACACGGCCAGCAGGAGAUGAAAGCUCGCGAGAUGUAGUAGAAUCUCAAAUGAUGGUUCACCCAGUUCAUUUCAGAUAAAUUGUACAAAUAUUUUUUUAAUUGGAAAACAACAUGGUUAAACAGCAGAAAUGAUCACAGCAUUUCAUACUAGAAAGAAAAAAAAAAGAAGACAAAUCUAUAUAUAAACUUUUUGGAAAAUGUCAGUGUCCCAAUAAUUUUAAACAAUUAUAAUUAACUUGAUAAUCUGGACCAAUUCUUAAACAAUUUCAUUAAAAAAUGUGUGACAAUACACAAGAGGACAAAUUUAUGGCAGGAACAGAAUAUGUCAGGUCUAAAGGCCUAAGGUCUAAGAUAUUGCACAGCAGUCCCGAAACCCACCACUUGAGGUGUCUGGUGGCGUUCAUGUCCCUGGCCGCUCUUGCUUUGUCUAAUCAGAGACACAGCGGUAAAGUGAAUUCAAUUAAGCAUUGUACUAUGCAAAGGAAAUUUAGAUUUGUAUUGGUGCAGUAAGAGCUCUUAAGACAUACAUCCACCUACAGACGAAAAAGCUAAUUUCAUCUUUAAAGGAACAAUAAAGUCAAAAUUGAAUUUUUGUGAUUUAGAUACACAAUGAUCUUUUGGCAUCCUUUGUUGAAUUGGAAAUCUAGGUAGGCUCAUAGAAAUUCAGGAAUGUGUGUGUUUCUUUAGCACUCUAUUGCACUCUAUUUGUAGCAGUGCUUUACAUGGUUGCAAACACUGCUACCGAAGAAUAGUAAAGACAUGUACCAAAUAAUACCAAUAAAACCAAAAAAAAAAUGAUAAUAGAAGUAAAAAAGAAAAUUGAUUAAAAAUCACGUUACAACUAAACUGUGGAAGUUUAAUUUUGACUUUACAGUCCCUUUAAUGUAAGCAAUGUGGAAAUUAAAUGAACAGCUCAAUUAUAUCUAUGUUACACUAAUGUGUUCUUAUUUUUGAGGUGAGCAUAACAUACUGAGGAUACCUGCAUUUGUUGUUAAUAUUUCCUGGUGUGUGUAGGCAGUUUUACACAUAUUGUAUUAUUUUUCUCAUACGUAUUUGUUUUGUUUUUUACAAUGCACUAGAAUUAGCAAGAGACAAAAUGGGUAUGCAGGACAGUUGUACAAAUGUAAAAAUUGAUCAGAUUGCAAAUGAAAAUAUCAGCUUGUAAAUACUGUGCAAAUAUAGUACACUGCUUUAAUUUUUGGAUUACUAAAUAAAGAGAUGCAGCCAAUAA